UUGGCAGUUUAACACUAAUGGACGUUAUGUGGCCAUCAUAUUUAUCGUUGUGUGUUGCUUUUAUAUGGAUUGUACCUGGACAUGUAACGGGAAAACAGGUUGACGGAACUUUGAUAACACUUGAGGAUUGGCAUUUCAUCACAAGGUUCUGCUUUUUAUCUGAGAAAGGAAGGUUGAGAUAUGUAUUUGAAUACCCAGAGGAGUACCUUUACCAGAGUAUAUUGCUGUACUACGACGACCUCAGUCAGUGGAGCGCGGUGUACCCCAGCAGUAAGACAUGUGAUGAGAGGGUGGAUGUCUUGAAGAGUGGGAAGAAUCAGAUCAUUACACUAGACCCAGCCAAGGGAAAGGAUUAUUGGCCAUACUGUCAAAGUAUUGUCAGGGAUGGACAGAAAUUAAUCCGGUGUGAACUGUCAGGGCUCGGCCUCAAGUUUCGUUCCAUGAGGGAGCGAUGGUGGUUUAUAGCAGUGAGCCGCUGCGACCAGACACUAGGGACUGGCCGAGGUCUGAACUUGACCUACAGUCUUCACUUGACUAACGGAGAUGACGGGGACCUGCUCCACGAGGAAUUCUCCGCUGAUGAGUUUUACAUCCUUCCGAUUCUGAUCUCCUUCCUCAUCGCCUACGUCAUUAUCUUAGUUGUGUCGGUCAUAUUUGCAGUGAUCCUGUCUGGGCGCCAACUCCUCCAUAUCACAUUUAAGAUGUAUAUUUGUAGUGUGAUAAUGUGGGCGUUUGGAUUGUUUAUUCUGUGUAUAUCAUAUGGACGGUAUGCAGAUUCCGGCUACGAACAAGAUGGCUCAAAGCUUGCUGGUCGAGUGUUUUGUGCGGGCGGUGAGAUAUGCUUCCUUCUCAUGUUGAACCUUCUGGCGAAGGGUUACACGAUUACCCGGGGUCGUCUCCCCUCUCACAGCACAAUCAAACUCUCCGUGUUCUUCACUGUAUAUGUCGUGGCCUACGCUGCCCUGUUUAUUGUAGAGGCAGAGACAUUUGAUCCAGCCCUGGUACUGUAUAUCUAUGAGAGUAUCCCUGGAUACGGUCUUAUCAUCCUUCGACUCCUGGCCUGGGCCUGGUUUUGUUACAGCCUCUUUUUCACACUAAAGCGUUUCCCGCGACGCGGAGGAUUUUACUAUCCCUUCUUCUUCUUAUACACCCUAUGGUUCUGGGCCGGGCCUAUUGUUAUUCUCAUCGCUAUGUUUGCCAUGGCUGUCUGGACGAGAGAAAAAACAAUUGUUGCUGUACAGAACUUUGUCACAUUCUGCGGCCAUAUUUUCUUCCUGGUGCUGACCAGACCUAACGCUGCCCAUGGAAAUUUUCCUUACACAAUAAGGACCACUCAGAUCCAAGCGACCAAUGGAGAGAGUGGGGGAGAUGGAGACAGGUAUAUGGUGACCUCAGAAGCUUCGUCCUCUACUGGACCAGAUCUUACCGCUCUCUUCGUUACCUCCAAUACAUCUAAACCUCGCAUGGACACAAAUGGUGAUCUGGCGCCGCCAUCCUACGAUGAUGCAACACAUAUGCCUGGGAUGGAUGCCAAGCCUUUUGAGCUUAACAGUGUUGCUUCACCUUCUGCCCCACCUCUGUACUCGACCUACAACUCUUGAUAGGUUAUAACAACAAAGAUGUCUGUAAUUAUCUGUUCUGAAGUACAAGAAAUAUAAACUUACCAUAUCUGGAGUUAUCUGCCCUUAGCUACAAGACAUGCCUAACCAUGCCCAGAGUUAUCUGUCCUUGGCUGCUGCAUUUUUUUUUACCAUAUCAGGAGUUAUCUACCCUUGGCUGCAAAAGAUAUGUCUUAAUCAACUUAAACAUAUGUCUUAAUUUACUGUAAAAGUGGAUAUUUUCGCGUGUGGAAAUUUUCGCUUAGCCAGCUUCCAAAGUGUUCGCGGUGUGGAGAUUUUCGCGCCGUCAAGAUAU